AUGUUGUAUCGACUGGUACGAGAAAUUUGCUUCAUUAGCUCGUUUUUUUUAGUGGUAACGAAUGCAAAGUUUCAAAACUAUUUCGAACACUUUCCGGUUUUACAACCUGAUACCGCGAAUUUCUCUCGUGGCAUCAAGGUACUUAUUGAGCGCAUACAAACGGAGGAUAUAUUCAUUAGUUACUUUCUUCAAAGAAAACAUCCAGCUGAUUGUGUGGAUAAAGAUUUACCAGUCCAUUUUGAACUACCCUUUCUACAGCUGAAUGGGAGAAACCAUGUGUAUAUACGGGGAACUGGCAAUAGCUACUUGAUGGCAAUAUUAUGCAUCCGACAACUCAUCGAUAAGGAUUUUUUGCUAAAAUUUGCUAAAAACUUGCAACACAUACGUACCCGACGCAUACUGGUCAUACACAAUAGCAAACUCGCGGCGAGUACUCAAUCGGAAAUCGAGACGUUUUUAAAUUACUGCAUGCAAUUCAAUUUUCUGAAUGUUAUACUUGUACAUCGCGAUUUCACUGAGACAACCAUCUUUCAUUCGCUGAAUCAAUUCCCCGAUUUCAAAUUAGAAACUCGUGAUCUUCGUACCAACUCGCCAAUCUAUCCGAAUCGCUUGGCAGAUGUCGCCAAAAAGAAAUUGAGAGUAUUAGCCGAUCAAAUAGAGCCGAUAACCAUGUUGUACGAAAUCGGCGAUGCCCUCAUCUUAGAAGGCUACAUCGGCUAUUUCGUGAAAACAUUUGCCCGGAAAUAUAAUUUUAAUCUGUGGUUACCUACUAUAUAUGAAGGAACUGUUGGGCGUGUUGUUUCUAUGGAAGAGAUACGUCAGGCAGCACAUAACGGUUCAAUCGAUGUGGGCGCGAGCUUAUCAACACCGCAGAAGGAGACAAACUUACAUGAGUACAUCUAUCCGAUGGAGUUUUUUCAGUGGUUAACCAUGCUGCCGAUAGAGCCACCCUUGGAAACAUAUUAUUUUUUCAUCUCCAUCUUUAGUCCAACAUCUUUAGUUGUUGAAAUUGCGACGUAA